AUGACGGACAGGAGACGGAUCAAUGGCCCAGUCGGGGCCACGAUCCCACCAGUAUUUGAAGACACGCUUACCCAGGAGUUGAAGGCCGUGAAGAAAAGAUCCCGGCCCCCAAAUGCGAUCCGUAAAAUGUAUCUCAAGACGGGCGUGACUCCUUCGGCUUCUGGCUCGGCGUAUCUGGAGAUUGAAACAACUGGGAAACCUGGUGUAUCUGGGUUGAAGCUGAGCUGCUCUGUUCAUGGACCCCGGUCACUUCCGCGAUCCAGUCCAUUUUCUCCUCACAUGGUCUUGUCCACCCAUGUCAAGUAUGCCCCGUUCGCAACAAACAAACGGCGUGGCUAUCUACGUGAUCCAAUCGAGCGAGACCUUGGGACUCACCUGGAGGCCGCUCUCCGCGGCGCCAUCAUCGCCGACAGGUGGCCCAAGAGUGGUGUUGACAUCAUCAUAUCGAUCGUCGAGGGCGACCAGGACAGGGAAACGUCCAAGUUCCAGGGCGAUGAGAUGUGGGAUAUGAUGAACGCCCUUAGCGGCUGCAUCACGGUUGCAUCCGCCGCACUCGCGGACGCCGGCAUUGAUUGCGUUGAUACCGUUGCAGGGGGUGUUGCAGCUCUUGUUCAAGAAUCCGGCGACGAUAGUACUAGCCCGAAUAUCGUCGUUGAUCCUAUUCCCUCUGAGCACGACAAGAUCCUGGCGGCUUGUUGCGUCGCAUACCUGCCUACCAGAGAUGAGAUUACGAAUCUUUGGUUCAAGGGUGAUCUCCCUGCCUCUGAAAUGGAGCUUUACACGAAAAUGGUCGAAAAGGGGAUACAGGCGUCAAGGCAUGCGAACCGCGUACUCAUCGAAUGUCUCACCGAGACUAUUGGAUAA